UAUGAAUCUUAGAACACUGAAGGGAGACAAAAAAUAUUUUGCUGUUUUAGGAGCUUCAAUUGUACUAGUAUUUACUGUAAAAAUGGUGCAUAAUGCAAGACUGGAUUUGACAAGCAAAGUUAAAGUAUUCCGUUUAUCAGAUAGCAGCACCGGUUUGCAAAAUCUUAACACCAUUGGACGCGUUAUUUUAGAGCAAAGAAAAAAUAUAUCAAAAUUGCUUAAUACUAAACAACAGAAAAUUGGACAACAAGAAUGUCAGGGAAAUACAUUGGAAGUUUUGGUGAUGGACCGGGAAAAUAUAAACAACUUUUCAUUGAGUCUGGUGAAGUCAAAGGUUAUGAUGCAUAUGACGGAUCGCCAUUCUGCGACGUCACAAGCGAUGGGGGCGUUAAGUUUCUUGAUUUGACUCUACCACAAUAUGGAUUACCUUUAUAUGACUGGGCUCUGAGUUUCGAAGUAGCAGAACACAUUCCAAGGCGUUUUGAAAGUGUAUAUAUUGACAACGUUGUUCGCCACGCAAGGGAAUGUGUUGUUUUAAGCUGGGCAAAAGUCGGACAGGGUGGUUAUUCACAUAUUAAUAACAGGCCGUUUGAAUACGUCAGAGAUUUAAUGGAUUCAUUGGGAUUCAUCCAUGACUAUAAAAUAUCAUUAAUAUUAAAAUCGAAUGCAAGCUUAGGAUUUUUUAAAAAAAUCUGAAUGUAUAUCGAAGAAAAAAAUCAUUUCAAAAGGCGUUUUAGAAUUAUACAUAUAAACGUAUACUAAUUACAUCUUCUACUUGCACAUUGCAUCAUAGGAUAUUAAAAAGGGCAAUGAAAAGGGUGCCAUGUUAUAAAAAAAUAAUAUUGAAAGUAAAAUGUUGUUUGAAUUACAUGUUAACGUAUAUCUGAGUUAAAUAUGUAACGGAGUGAGGAUAUUCAACUAUAUAAUUUAAUAUAAGGAUAAAAUGUAAUUGUGAAGUGAAAUUAAAUACUUAGAGGCCCUAAAUAGAGAGUUCAUCAUCAGACGACAUGUACAUGAUGACCUGACGCAUCCCCUAUGUUAAAAUAUACGUAACAUUCGUAUUUACAAGAUUUUAAUCUGCAUAAUAUCCAGUGAAUAUAAAAACUAAGACACAUUUUAUUGUUUUUGAAUUUUCAUAUAUUAUUCAUAAGGUUCCAAAGUGAGUUACACUCAAACUGAGUAUUUUUUAACGGACAUGCUGUAUAUUAAUGUAUAAUUCAUAUCAUUAGAUACACUCACGCAGUCUGAUAAUCUAACUUUAACUGUAUUAAAACUUAUUGUGUAAACUAAU